AUGGCGCUCGACAACUCUCUGCCUUCAUUGUUGGCAACCCUUACGCAGGCGCUCUUAUCCUCCGAACAGUCUGCGCCAGAAUUGGGCUCUAUUGCCCCACCGAAAGAUGGCAUCUCGCUCCUCGAUGUCAAGAAUGAACUUUUGCUGUCCUACCUCCAAAACCUCGUCUUCUUGAUCCUCAUCAAACUGCGCGACUACAACAGUGAUGAGUCUGACGACAAAGAAACGCAGGGUAUUGACGAUGAUGCUGUUAAAAAGCUGGUCGAGACCAGGGUCUAUCUGGAAAAGGGUGUCAGGCCGCUGGAGGCGCGGUUGAAGUACCAGAUCGACAAGGUUCUUCGCGCCGCCGACGAUGCAGCAAGGGCCACUCUCCCAGCGUCAAGAGGACCGUCGAAGGCUAUCACGAGAGACUCCGAUGUAUCAGACGAUUCAGAUGAUGAGGAAGACGCUGGAGGUGUCGAGGCGCAGGCAGCUCAGAUCGACGACCUACAAUACCGACCAAACCCUGCCGGGCUCGUACGACCUGCAGACUCUGGCCUCAAAUCCCACAGCGCAAAGGAUAUGGAUGGCAUAUAUAAGCCUCCUCGAAUCAACCCCACAGUCAUGCCUACCACCGGACCACGGGAGAAGGCAGACAAGAGGCCCCAGAAGUCCGCAACGCUGGACGAGUUUAUCAGCACAGAGUUGUCCGAGACGCCAUUCGCAGAGCCCAGUAUUGGAAGUCAGAUCAUCGCCGGUGGACGACGCUCGCGAUCUGACAAGGAGCGCAAGGAAGCCGAGGAGCGCAAGGAGUACGAAGAGAAGAAUUAUACCCGUCUGCCCAAAGAGAGCAAGAAAGAGCGUGCCAAGAAGGGAGGGGUUAAGGAUGCUGGCUACGGUGGCGAGGAGUGGAGAGGUUUGGGUGAGGGCAUUGACCGCAUUGAGCGGCUCACAAACAGGACAUCUAGCUCCACAAGGACCGCCUUGGAGAAGAGCAGAAAGCGUGCCGUGGAGGAUGGACCCCGAGCCGGUGGUGGCGUAGAGGUUGGAGAGAAGUUCCAGAAGAGGCUCAAGACCUUGGAUGGAGGACGAAGGGACAGGGGACGGAGAUAG